AUGGAUGAGCAAAUUUCUAAGGGAAUUUAUGUGCUUUGUUGGAAAAAAAGGUGCUAUUAUUUGGCUCUCGCUUAUAACUGCAGUAAAAAAUAUGUUGAAUGCUCCGCUCUUCUCACGAGGGCUAUACAACAUGCUGAAAAAGCAAUUACAUCUCUUAAGCGCGCCACUUCAACCUGGACUAAAGCUGAAGAAUGUAUCGCACCUGGACCUGGUCCUGAUGCCUUAUCAAUAUCUCUUCAAUCUCUUAUAUUACAGGCUGAAUCAGAAGAUUUUACUUGCAAAGCAGCCUCAAUGCUUAAUACAGUAGAGGAAAGCGAGUCAGUGUCGUUUACCCCCCUUUCUGAUACCACAGGGGUGGAUGGUUCACGAAAAACACUGAUUGAUCGCUUGGAUAUUUACGCCGACGAAAAAUCUGUUGAGAAGUCAUUCAGUAACUUUGUUUAUCCCUUUGUUCAUAUGCCUCCUACGUUUCGUCCUGUCCCUGUAAAACCAAUCUUCUUCGACCUUGCUUUAAACCAUAUUAAUUUUCCAUCUUUGGAUGACAAAAUUGGUCUGAAGACUAGUACAUCUAAGUCUUCUGGUCUUACAGGUCUUAUGCGUGGAUGGCUGUGGCGGGGAUCGGAGCCCACAGAAUCUUAAACCCAGUAUUUUGACACUUCUUUUUUGUUUCCGUUUUCAUAUAGCUAUUGGUAUUGAAUUAUUGAUUUUUGUGUACUGUAGGGUGUGUUAUAUGUUUUCAUCAACAUAUUCUUCUUUCAUACCAUAAAAUGGACUGGUCCUCAAUAAUAAUAUUACUUGACUUGUAACUUUCUCCAUUUUCACGUGGCAAGGGUCUAUAUAUUGGUAUUUGUUCCGUUCCUCUGUGACGCCUUUAGGCGCGUUUUCGUGACUUUUGUACAUAUAGUUAGUGGACAGCUGUUUAUACAGAAACAUUUAUAGAUUUGGAUACACUGAUGUUUAAAUAACCCACUAGCAGUAAACAGGUCAUAGUGAUGCUUCCCGCUUAAGUGUAUAUAUUUUUGAGAUUAAUUUGUUUCUGCCUAUAAAACACCUAAAUAAUAUUAUUGUUCAUGCUAAUUGUAGCACUUAUUACAGCG